AGUAAUUAACAUUUUUAGCGUACCCUUUUUGUUCGCUGUCGGAAAUCUGCCAGAGAAGCGGCAUUUUCAACGAAGUCCUGCCUGAUUUAUCUACCUUAUAUGUUAUACGACCCAAAGCUACAAGAUGUUGGACUUGUCCAAAAUUAAGGAGGACUUCUCGUUUAUGGUGAAGGAAGCCCAACCAUGGACUCUCACUCAAUUUGUAAUGUGGCUAGACCUAAAACUGUCUGAAUACAAAAUUAAAGGAUAUAUGGUCCUGGAUCAUGAAAAGACGACUAAACCACGUUGGUUAAGUCCAGAUGAUGAUAAUGAUGCUGCCGGUGAUAUAGCACCACAGCCCCCUAACUGUCCGAAGUGUAACACAAAUAAUCAGGGACAGACAAGGGCAGAUAACUCCAAUCAAUUACCGCAGAGAAGAAACCAAAACACAUUUCAGAGGCAGCAGCAAAGGAAUAGAAAUACACAUUUCCGACGUCAAGGAAAUGAAUCUUACAUAAAUGAAGUUCUUUGUGUUGGUGACAAUGUACAGAAUUCCAGGACAUCCAUCGACCCCAGUGCACGGGGAAGCAAUAAAGACAUGAUGCCUCAAGUGAUAUCGUUAGAACCUGCCACGGACCUUACGGCAGAGGACAUCAAAGAGAUGGACAAAGUGUUUCAAAGCAAAGACUCGUCCAAUGUUGAUGACGACGUUGUUGAGAUUUCUCACCCUGCCAGCAGGGGAAUUCAGCGUCAUCGUAGACCUCAGGUUUCAUCCACUGUGACUUCAAAACAAGACAUUGGGCGUGGUUUCAUAACAGCGGGAAGCACAGUGGGGUCUUCCUUUUUGCAGGAGGGACAUGAUCAGGAAUCAUUCUCGCGCCCUCCGAGAGAAGAAUCGCCACCCAAAAGGCAGGUAGCCAUGGUCGACUUAUCUCGUGCCUCUGUACCUGAAGAGGAACCGUCGUACGACCCACCACCGACUAGUAUUAGACCUGAAUUAUUGAUGAGUGCUAGAAAUGAACCCACACAAAACAUGUCCCAUAACCAGACAGGACCCGGUAGUGGUUUGUCUGAUCAGCCCAUCUCCAUGUCUUUACCUGUACCUGUAGCACUCCAUGUAGCCAGACCCAGUGACCCGGGUGGGUCAACCCCCAUGGAAACAUCCUCCUCAGUCGAUCCAUCCGCCACCGAAAUCAAACAAGAAGUCAAUGAUAGUUUCGAAGAAUGUUUCCUAACAGGUACAGACGAACAGAACAGUCAGAUGUAUAUGAUGGGCGACAACAGUUUAUCAGACAGCGAAGCAAGUUUUAAUCAAGGACAGGCAUACUCCCCCCAACAGAACCCCGGUACCAGUGGCAUGACUCCUAUGGGUUUUGGUCAAGGUCUUUACACUGUAGGCGAACAGGAAGUUGAUUUACCGAAAUUUGAAGAUCCAUUAGUUCGAAGAGUAUUAGAAGACGGUGCUGCCCCCUCACGACAUAUGUGGUCUAAGAUCAUCACGAGAUGCGCGUAUCAUAUGCUGUCGAAAGGAGUCCCCCACAAACACGAUUACCAACUGUUCAGUAAAGCCUUCUAUCUGCGAUAUCCGUGCAUAGGAACGAAUCGAGGGCCAAAUCCAUGGAGUAUGUUUUCAAAGGGUUUGUCGCAUCGAGUGAGGAAUAUCAAAUACCAGGCCAGAAAGCGAAUUCUCCCGUGAUGUGGAGAAACAUGUAGGUAUUAGUCUGUAUGUUAAUAACUACUCGGUGUUGCUUUAAACUUUGAUUAAGAAAUUUUCAAAUUUGAAUGUUGAAAAUAAAGCAUUUUCUAUUCAACUGUAACUUUUAAUCCUAUUUUUUUUUAUAUAUAUAUUGUACCCCUAAGUUUUUAUUUUUCAAAUUAAAGCUGACAUUUUUUUUAAAUUACAUCAUCAGUUAUGAAAUAAAAGUGAUUAUUUCAAUUGGAAAAUUUAAACAAUUUAAAGUUUUGACAAAAGUUUAUAUGCCACUUCAUUGUGACCUUGAUCCAUUUCAAUGACCUUGACCCUGAUGUCUGACAUACAUGCCAUGGCACCCAAACUUAAAAUUAGACCAAACAUAUUUUUUACAAACCUCCCUCUGAAGAACAUUUAAUGUGAGGGGGGAAUAACAUGAAAAAUUAAUCAGUUAUUGAAUUGAACACACAUUUGGAAGGUACGAAUUUAAAAAAUACUAAUAAAGGUGAAUUUGUUAUAUUACUAGGAGAUGAAAUUAAAUAAGGGGAGAUAACUCUAAUUCAUCAAGCAGGUUUUCUGGGGAGUUUUAACCUCAGGUCUUCUGUGCUCAUCUUUCUUACAUCUGUGUUACGAUUGGAAGAUUUUUCAGUAGAGCUACUGAAAACUGUAUGGUAAUCUAAAAUUGCACACCAUGAAACUACAUCACAACAUAUGUACCCUUCCUAAUUUCAGUCUUUAGUUGUUCAAAAGUUGAUUAUAGUUUAGCAAUUAAGUGAUGAAUGCAAAUUUCAUCUUUUGUGUUUCAUAAAACCAAUCAAAUCAUUUAUUUCAGUACAGUAAAAUUGUAUGGAAAAUUAUGAGUUUUAUGCGAAACUUUGGUCAAAACCACCUUUUGAACAAGUGGGCCAAGCUUAAUUUUAAGUGUCUGCUAUUAAAAUCUAGAGUAUUGGGCCUAAGAUUGUUGCAAUGAGCUUACAAACUUUUUCUGCAUGUCAUUAAAAUCAUGGGAGUCAUUUAAAAUAUUAUCAAGUUUACUGCUUCACAAUCCUUUAAGACCUCACAUUUUGCUGUAUUAGAACUAUAACACUUUGUUGCUUUUUGACCAGCUUGCUGCAGGCCAUUGGUAAAAGAUGAACUGAAUUAUGGAUAUGAUACAGCAAAAUGAGACGUUCUAUAAAGAAAAUGAAGCAAGAACAAUAAUUCACAUAUUUAACUUAAAAUAUCUCAUAUUUAUUUUGUUUGUUUUUUCCUGGGACCGACUACUGCUAUUCUUGGUGCCAGUUUUAUAUUCAGUUUACAAGACAUAAGGUUUAAUCAUGAUAAUAUCUGUGAUUUUACAAACUUUUAUCAUAAAAUAUUUUAUAUUAUAAUAAAAAUUGUAAUCAUAAUAUCUAUCUUGCCUAAUUUGAAGUAUGAUUUUUGUAAUAUUUGAGUUACAAAUUGUUUUUUUCGUAUUCUGUUUGUUAUAAUCAUAAUCAUAAUCAAAGCUUUGUGAACACAGUCUAUGUACAAUAACAUCUUGUUAUACUGCCAACAUUUGUCCAAUGUAACGUUGGCAUUAAAAAGAGGCUUGGCAAUAUAUUGAAGGAGACAUAUAUUAAGGUAUUGCUAAGAGAAAUUACGCUGGAUAGACGGACAUCGGAUGCUGCACCACAGCAUAAGCUCACUUGGCCCUUUAAAAUAGGGACCUUGAAAUGCACUGCAGUAAGUGAGGUGGCAAUGAAGUGAGGGGCAUUAUAACAAGGUUAUAAUGUCAUAAUGUUAACCAUACUGUUUAAUCAUAUAUAUACUUCAUAGUUAUUGAAUAUUUUUGUAAAAAUUCAGAAUUAAGUAUUCAAAAUUUUUUGCAACGUUACGAUUGAAGAAAAAGUAUAGUUAAAUUCAUUAUGCUUCUUUUCAUUGUUUUCAUAUUUCUGUUGUCAAUUAAAUACCUUUUUCAUAUGUCAAGAUUUAAAACAUUGAUCAUUUGAUACAAACUAUCACCGUAAUCUUAAAGGAGAUUUUUUAAUUUCUUUUUGUGUCUUUUUCAAUGGAAAUGUUUUCACAGCGUCCAGUCGAGUUUAUACCUAGCGUGUUCAGCAGUUACGUCAACUAUUAGUGACAUCAUUGAAUUGUUUUCAUUGAGACGUCAAAAUUACGACCAUGUCCAUCAUUAUGAAAGAGGAUAGCGAUUCUCGCAAAUCGCAAGUUUCACAUCUGGUUUUGAAUUGAAGGAUAAUUUUAAAUUAUUUAAGAACUUUCAGCACAUAAGGCAAUCCCCUUCAGAUUGUUCACUAUUACCACAGCCAAUGGAAUAUUUUUGCAUAGUAGCUUUAAAAACUUACUAAUACUGUAUGUAUGAGCAACUACAUUUAAGCAGUUAAGAGUGUAAAUAUAUGUAUAUAUGUUAAUAUGUAUAUAUCUUAAUGUGUUGUGUUUUGAUGUUCAAAAUAUAUAUAUUAUAGUUUGGAAAUAAAAG